AUGGAUAUGGGAUUGUAUGCGAAAACGAAGAGAUCUCUGUCGAUUGGCAGCGCAGAGAAGUCAACAAGUGGCCCUUCCUAUUGGAGGAGGCUAUCUGGAUCUACUUUUAGCACUUUUGCAAGUUUGAAUGAAAACACAAACGAUGAUACUAAGCUUAAGAAAGUAGUCCGAUUAAGGAAUUUAAAGCAUGGCGGCACGACAAUCAAAAAUAACUCAGGGAACUAUGAAUAUCUUUACAAUCCAUUAGAAGUCGGUACUAAUCCCUACCACACCAAGAGUGCUCAUCAAAAUGAAGGUUUUUUCGUAGAGUUAUCCCUUGACGCUCUAAGCAAAAACGUGUAUUUGUCCGAUUUGGCCACACAGGCAGACAAUCCAGCUACUCCAUCGCGAUCUUCACCUAUAUAUGCGGAUUCAUCUACGACAAUCAUACCCGAUGCAUCCGAAUCGUCGUAUAACAAUGCAGGCGUUACGAUCAGCGGCAAAUUGAAGAUAUGUGUGAACCAAACAAAGAAGCCGGUUUAUAUCAAAUCUCAUUGCAUCAAACUGAAAUGUUUUGUCCAUGAAUAUGUCUGUAUAGUCGAGUCUGCAAAAAGGGAUGGCUCUGCCACUAAGAGAAUCGUCAAGAUGGUGGAAGAUGGUGACGAGUUUUGCCAUAUGCUGCCUUAUAAAGAGAUCAAAGUUGAUAUAGAUACUGGUGAUAAAAUCUGCUGUCUAACGAGUGGUACACAUGAGUUUCCCUUCUCGUUCCAUUUGAAAGAUUUCCCAGCUAGCGAAUCAUCAUAUUUCGGUAAAACUUUUUACAGGUUGGAAAGUGUCACUCAGGUGGUGAAAAUUGUUAACAAGAGACCUUGGACCUAUGAUACAAUCAUCUUAACAGACGAGGUCACCGUUAAACGUAUUUUAUCCACAGCAAAUUCAAAUUUAAAACAUGAAUCGAUCCUUUUGCAAGGAAGUUGGAACGGUACUGAAUUGAACUACAAUGUUAUACUCAAUACAAAAUUAAUCGAGAUCGGUGUACCGUUUGGUAUACAAUUGGGAUUGAUGAAGGACAUGAAAUCUAACAAAAUGUUAGAAAAAGUCACCAUUUCCCUAUCACAAACUAUUACAAUACCAUGUCUUGAUUCAAAGACUUCUGAACUUUUACAGUCUUCCUAUUCAAAGAGAAAUGAAAUUGAGCUCUACGAAAUUGAUCUUCAAGAAGAUCACAACAAAACAAAGAAUGAUGAUAAUUUCCAUUUUUAUGAAAUCGGUAAUUUAAAAGUUCCACCGACAGACAAGAGUCAACUUUGUAAAAAUUGGCUAAAACCAUAUUAUUGCGAGUUAAGCACAAAGUAUAGCAACAGAGCAAGACUAAAGAUUACCCACACGGUCAUUUUAAGAUUAUUACUGUCCAAUAUAACCGAGCCCAAGUCGCCCCAAGAAGUCAAAGGCGAGAAAAAGCCAAAAAAUACUACAUGUCUAACACUUAAAAUACCCAUACUGUUGGUAGACCAAGACAUGUCAAACAAUUUAUGGUUGCCACCUUACAAGAGAUUUACAACUGUGGAACAAUUUUUCGAAGAUGAGCCACCGAGCUAUUACCAUGACGACUCAAUUGAGCCACCAAACUAUCUGGCAGAAAGGUCCAACUGA